CGAUGAAGUUGGAUCAGUUUGAAAAUUGGCGCGCGAACUGUUUGCGAGAUAGGAAAAUGGCUGACAGGUGUAAAAAUCGCGCGCGUCGGCAUCCGGGGUACCGAACCGUGCGCGAACACGAAGCACGACACGACUUCACGGAUACCUAGUAACUGGUUACACGCAGCAACAGCAGCGGCUAAAGUUAAACAUACUUUGAACUCGAUGUCUCGUGUCUUGAUAAAACCCUCGCUAGUGUAGCGUGUUUUAUCAACAACAGAAGGAAAUGUCGGAUAACAGCGAGGCUUUUGAGGAUCGGAAAAGUGAAAUGCUCGAGGACGAGGAGAUGCCGACGUUUAUAAGCGUUUCGAGCAAAGACAUUAGCCUGCCGUAUACCGCCGAUACCGCCGAGGCAAACAUCCAGCAACUCUUACCGCUUGAUAACUCCGCGAAUCCCUUGCGAGGCAGCGACGAGCCGCCGGACGAUUACGAGGCCCAGAGCCGUAGCCACACCACCGAGGAACAGGCAGACGAGGGUAACGAUGAUAACGAGGAGGGCAGCGUUUGCAUCGUCUCCUCCGGAGAGGAAGCCGACGACGUUGAUCGCUUCUCUAGGUCUUACGACGAGGAUGUAGACGAGGAAGAAGAAGAGGAGGAGGAGGAGGAUGAGGACGACGACGAUGAUGACGACGAAGACGACGACGACGAGGAGGACAUUCAUGGUGAAAUCUUUCAGAUUUCUUACAUUCCCGAAUAUGACAUGGGUGUUAUUCCUGCGGAGGACGAAGUGGUCGAAGUCGCAGAUGACAUGUUGGGUGAUUUUUCAGAAGAGGAAAUCGAGAGGGAGGAUGUUAUGUCUGACGACAUGGCAUUGAGAUCCGAUAAACCAAAGGUUAUUAAUCGACAACAAAGAAGUCAGUCUCUCCAAGAUCUGUCCGAAUAUCGUACGUUGCCUCGGUUCAAGUCAUCCAUAACAAGUGUAAACAAGUACAGUCGUGUACAGAGCAAAGUGAAACGUUAUAUUCAGGACUUGAAAGAUAUGAAUAAGAGGUCUGCUGAGAGACGCCUAUCCAUGGAAGAGUCGCGAAGACAUUCAGAUUUUAGCGCACAAGCCUGCCAAGACGAAGCGGUGAAUGAAUAUGAUCGGAACACAAGAGGUCGCAAAAGCAUCAAGGGUUAUGCUGAACAGGUGUUGAAAGACUUGGAAGUAAGAGAACAGCUUACUAAGGAGGAGGGGCUUGCUUUAACAAAUGAAGAUGAAAGUAACUGCGCAGUACGAGAGAAUCAAAAUGAUUCACCAGUGAAGGUUGUUGCAAAGAAUGUAAAUCGCGAGCAUCCACAAAAGGACAUAAUAAUGAAUGAAAUGAGUGUGGCGAACGAUAUUGUCAAGGUGAAAAAACCGAACAUGAAUGGCGAACUGUUGAGUGAUCAUUUGAAAAAUAUUAGGAUACCAAAACAAAUAACUGUGAACUACGUUUUCAAUGGUCAGACACAAGGACAGAAUAUUAUGGAUGUUCGAUCAAUCGGCUAUGAUGAAUACAUGAGAGGUAGCUCAAACUCUAGCACAGAUAAAAACUUGGUACAUGUAGAAAGUAAUGAAAAACCUCCCUGUAAUGAAAUGACAGAACACAAGAAAAUGCAAAUUACAAAUGUCCAUAGCGAAGCCCCGACUACUGGGAUGGCAAUUAAAAAUGUUCAAAGUGUAAAGGAAACUCCAAUGGAGGUAGUCGAGCAUCAGGAGGACAUUGAGACGGUUGCAUCUGUUAAAACUGAUGAGAAAAAUAAUGCCGAAACGCUGGCACAGUUAGCAUUAGUUCAAACUCAGUUAAAUCAAAAGACAACCCAGUGCAAGGAGAUAAGAGAAGCAUAUGAGAAGACACUGUCGGAAAAUUUUGAGCUUAAACAAGAAUUAGAGGAGUUAAAAAAAACGCUGUCCAAGUUAUCUGCCAACCAAAAACCAACCCUGCAGCUUGUUGCUGUCGCAAUACAAACUGACCCACCUCCAAACUGCGAAAAAAUCGAAACUAUUCCAUCUGCUAAUGCCUGCACCAAUCCAAAACUGUCCACCAGCAGUAUGGGCUCUGCUAUUAGCUAUAACACGCAAUGGACUGAAAGCGCCGGGAGUCUGCCAGCUUCUAACGGUUCCAUCAGACCACUACCCAAUCUUACACCACUUUCAAAUGCUGAAGACAGUUUUAUAGGAGUGUCUGAAACCCCUCCUCGUCCACCUCAUCAGCCUUCGCAUGCAUUCCAAACUUCCUCAAAAAUAAUUAGGAUGCUAUCAAACAUAACGCGACGGAAAUCAAAAACUGAUGAUAAUGUAACUGGGAAUUCAAAUAUGGCAAAUAUCUUUGGAACGGGCUGCAGUACCUCUGGUGUUUCCAGCUUCAGUACUCCGAUCAAUAAUCGGGGUUCGAACAAAAGAAAAGCUACAGAAAUGCCCGAUAAUACAAACUUCCUCCAGCCUCCAAAGAUUCCACAUACAGCUGGUGGCUAUAACAGAUUACACAGAAGGACGAAGUCUGAAUUUAAGUAUCCAGGGGAUUAUGUAAAGAUUAACUCUCAACCCUUUGUGCCUCAAUCAAAUGAUGCCAAUAGACCUCUGGAGAACUUGGAAUAUCCACCGAAAGAAAAUGAUGCUGUUGAAGAUCCAGAUUCUGGUGUGAAAUGCUUUACAUAUCGCGAGGAUGAAAAUAGUUUGGAAACGAGCUUCCUCAUCCAAGCUGAGGACGAGACAAAAAGUCAAGAUGGCAAAGAUGGUGAACGAGCUGCACCUGUUGUCCGUGAGUGUGGACCUUAUUUACUCGGAAAUGUAGAAGUGCGGAUGACGGAAAUAAAUGGAACCAUCAACAUCUGGGGCAAAGAGGUCAGUCAAGAAACAAACACUGAAGACGAAUUAGAAGAAGUCGCUGAUAAAAUAGAUGAAGCAAACGAGAGAGGAUCUUGUGGGUGCUGGCAAAAGACACCAAACACACGGAAUUCAACUGUCGAUCCUCUUUCCUGCUCGACGAAUAAAAAGCUGAAAAUUCCACCAUUGAGGCUCAGUGAAUCUGGGCACCUGAAGAACUUUAGUUCCUUAUUACCAACUGUAGCUAAGGAGUCGACGUCUGCUAUAGACAACUUCAGAGAAUGUCCAAACUCUAAGCAUUCGAUGAAUCUUGAGACAAAUGGUAAUUGUUGGAAUUGUGAAGCGCACAGUAAUACUCGAAAUGUUAAUCAAUUGAAGAGGUCUUCAAACUUUGCAGAAGAAGAAAAUACGAGAAAUUUUGCAAAGAACUAUCUUAGCUGUAAUUGCGAACACGAACACUGUGAUUAUUCUCCACGUCAUAGAGUUUCAAGACAUUGUCAUGGUGAUCAUGAUUGCGCAUCCACCAUGUCAAAUUUAAGGGAAACUGGGAGAUGUUCAAGAUUGCAAAACACCAAGGAUAAUGAACAAUCAAAGACUGAAGUGAACUUAAGUAGGAAUCAUUUGACACGCUUUACUUCCAAUUUUGCGGACGAAAAUGUAACUUGUUCUCAUGGUGUGAGGAAAAAUAGCAUAAUGGAAGAUGACGACGAUGAUGUAUUCAAGAAACCAUCGACUUCAAAUGCAAGAGUAAUUGAGAACUGUUGUAGAAGUGUGGGAUGCAGAUCGCGAAGUCCUUCGUUUAGUAAUCUAUCCACCGAGCCUUUACUGUCGCACCAUCCACACGAACAUUCCGAGGUAAGACGUCGACGUUCAAGUGGAAAACGAGUGCGUGGCAUUCUCAUGGACUUUUUGAGAGGCUGUGGGGACUGUCAUGCUACAAACAGUUCUGACAACAAAAUUUCACCUAGUACCGUGCCCGAAAUUCGUGUCAGGUCUAGUACACCACCUCCUAGUCUGUUAAGUCAAUGUCAACAACGGACAACUCAUUAUGGAUCGACAAAUACUAGAUGCAAUCAUACGGAGUGCUGCGUUACAUGUGCCCGAAAACUAGAAAUGGCUGCAGAGAUAGAAGCCCAGCUGGAACUUUUUGGAGCAGAAAUGGAAAGGCUACGCUCUCGAUCGCAAGCAGUUCUCGGAAUGUUGAACACAUUACACUCUGCAGAUACGACAAACUGAACAACCAAGCACUGAAGAUCUGAAUUGUGCUUUUCUCACCCGUUAAAAGUAGCCGUCAUUAGGUUUAAUAUCAUUGUUCACGUGUUAUUGAGUAACUCAGUUUAUCAAUGUAGAUUUUAUUUGUGGUGUGCAAAUGAAUUGCAGUGUCUUUGAAAUGUUUCGUGUCGUAAAGCAAUGUUCGUGCAUUUUGCUGGAAAACAUAUAAAGAGAAAGACUUCGAAUAUUUCAUUGAUGAUUCAUUACAUUCGUUCUAGAAAUCGCUUUUCUUUACCGUACUAUCAAUUGUUAUACUAAUUAUUAAUUUUUUAUUAUUUUUCUUUAUUUCCAUUGACUAUUACUUUUGAUUAUUUUUAUUCUUAGUUUCUGUGACGCACUAUGGGGGGGGGGGGGGGGGGGGGGGGGA